AUGACUAAUGUAAUAGUACCUGGUAUUCAUGCUACUCUGAACAAUCUCCUGCUAAGGAAGUCUACAUUUGUCAGCAUUUCUGAAUGCCAAAGUGUUGCAAGCACAGAUAGGAGAGGCGAAGGGAAAUCAGGAAGACAACCUGACAUUAUGUUUGUAGAGAAACAUAUUGGAAAAUAUUACAAGCUCAUGUAUAUAGAAUGUUCAUGUUUAUUUUGCACAACUAAAAAAGAGAAUGAUGAUAGUGUGAAGUUGUGGCAAGAAACAAAUGAUGGGAUGUAUUGA